AUGACCAUUGCCGCCCAGGAGGCGGCACUGAAGUUUUACGAAGAAGUGUACACGACUGAGUUUAAUCCGGUUCUACAGGAAAGCGGUGCUACUACCUCGGAAUUCACCUCGAGUGUCCGCUACCCGCAAUUUGCGCGGUGUGGGUCAUACCCGACCUACGCGACCCCAGUCUGGGAGAAGGCGCACGACGGGAAUCCCGCCUGGAACCGGCAAGUGAUGGAGGCCAAGCCGCGGGACGCCAUCCAUCAGCAAGAUUUGAUGGACGGAUUGGUGGUUGUCGUCGCCAGCCGCUUGAAAACGAGUUUCGCGGCCUUCAUUCAUUUGCACGGAAAAGACGAGCUGAAGGUCAAUGAAUUCGACCUGCGCGGUUCUGCGAAUCGGGCACACGAUAUGAUGUCGCACAGGUGGAAGGCUCGGGAGCGAGCGCACCUGAGCGUUUUGAAGCACAUGCGGCAUCUGCAAAACUCGCAGAGCAGGCGAACGGACGGGCAGCCGUUGUUCCACGACAAUACAUUCGUGUGCUUGUACUGCAACUCGCAGUGGGGCAUGUUUCACGAAUUGAUGAUGCGCUGCAAUUUGAAACCGGAGCCGCUAGAUCUUCCCGCGGAUGCCUACAUGCUGGACGGUCCCAGUCUUUUCAAAAUGUUUGGUGAUUUGUCGCAGCACGCAGCAAACUACUACAUUGCGGGCUACUACGAUUUUGAGACAAAACUGUAUCACAACGAGGAGGCAGAGCAGCAGCAGCAGCAGCAGCGUCGUUUGCAAAUGCAGCGGCAGGAGACGAGCCUCAAUCUUAAUGGUGGGGGAGCUGGCGGGCCGGUAUUGUCGCCAACCUCCGGCACGAGCGUUGGCACAGGUACCGUAUCACAGUUGGAGGUCGUUGCCCCGCUGAAAAACGAAGCAGUGUUUGUGAAUCCGUUGUCCUCAAGCUGGGUUGUCGGUGAACUGCGCAAAGGCAUCGCGGGGCUGAGCGCGGCAAGCGCCGCAAGAAUAGGACAAGGGGCAAAUAAAGGAUCCUCCUCGGGGACGCAGUAUGUUCCGAGCGUCAUUCUGGCCUUCGCGAACACCGCCGAAUAUCGGCAGAGCUAUUCAUUUGCUAUCUCAGAGGAGGCGGAAGAGGAGGAAGGCGCGCCAGAGUUUCAUCUAGUUUCCUUCGACCUGCACCGCAUGCCCACGAUCGAUUUACACGAAGAUCCGAAACAGGCGGCGUUUUACCGUCGCGCGGGCGACGAGGUGCCCCGGCUGGACGGCGGCACGGCGGGCACGCACUGGGACAGGACGGAGGUGGAUCUGAUUAAAUGGGGCAUUGAGUAUGAGCCGAAGCUAGCACAAAGACUGGACCAAAGCAGAGGCACUGUAAUCCAAAACUACGGAUCCGAUGGUGUCGCGGUGAAUCCGAUCAAGCAACUUAAGUACGGUGUCUUGAAGACUUUCGCGCAAAGCAUCUAUGGAGAAUUGGAACCUUCUCCCGUGAAAGGCGAAUGGCGACGGAAGAAAGAGAAGAAGCAGCGGGAAACCGGAAAUGCGAAUUGGGGAGCAAACGCGGAAGUCAAGGACUGGGUGCCCGUGAGGAACCUGGGGGGAGUGGUGAAUCCGGGGUCUGUGGAAGCGCCAGGCGGCUCUUCGGGAUCUGCGAGCCGGAAAGAGACGAGGACUUUCAUGCGGACGCGCUCCUCGAGCUCGAGCUCGAAUACAUCUUCGCGCAGUUCCAGCAACUCCGCAUCGGUCGGGGAGCAACUCAACAAGGUGGAGCCGGAGGUCUGCAAUGUGGAAGUCCUGCAAUUGGGCUUCAUGCGGCACCUUGAGUCGCGUGAAAGGGAAUUACACGCACAAGAAUACCCGAAUGUGCCGUACAGGACAUACAGCAGCAUGAGAAGUAAAAGAGACCUGCCCGGGGGGUAGAACGCACUAUUUAUAAAUUGAUUAUUUUCAUCUGACAGAAAGUGAGGCUGACUCACAAGGUUUCCAACGUCGGGCCAUUUUUGGAUUUGUUAUUGUUUUUUGCAGCACAUUACAUCCAUUCAUGCAUAUUAAUAUUUGUUAUCAGCGCUGCUCUACUCUGAACAAUUUCACCUUGACCUUGAGGCUUCGUACGUCGAUUAUGAUUUGAUACCGGUAUGAUUCACAUUUUCUAUGAAUGGCAGCACAAGUUUUUGUGUUUUGUGAUGGGUACUUGGAUAUAAACCCGACUUCGAGGUGGAAAGCUGCAGCUUUUCUGUCCUGUGAAACUAAAAGACAUAGACGUACAGUGUUUCAC